AUGAAUAACAAUUUUAACAUAAAUCUUCAGAUCGAGGAUGGAAUCACCAAUAAAUAUGAAGCCGAAGUAAAUGGAUAUUUUGCUAAGUUGUACACAGGGGAAAUAACAGUUAACACAAUGAUAGAUAUCAUGAAAAAUCUAUCAUGCUCCCCUAAAGGAUCGAAAAAUAACGAUAUUUAUAAAUCGAUGCUAUUAAUCUUAUUUAAUGAGUGCAAAUUCUUUCCUAAGUAUCCAGUAGAAGAAUUAGAUAUAACUGCACAAUUGUUUGGAAAAUUAAUUAAGCACAAUUUAUUGAUAUCAUAUGGUAAUACUUUAUCUGUUGUAUUAAAAUGUAUUUUAGAAGCUUUAAAAAAAGGAUCUGAUUCUAAAGUUUUUAAUUUUGGGAUAACAGCAUUAGAGCAAUUUGAAGACUCUUUAAUAUGUUACCCUGCUUUUUUAUCUUCCUUAAUUCCACUACCCACUUUAAGGCAAUAUAAUCCGCAAUAUAUAAUCCAUUGCAGUGAAUUAUUAAAUACACUUCCAGAACAGUUUAGAACCCUUCCAUAUAUAGACGCUUCAACAAUACUUAAGAUAAAACACAUCUCUGAAAUUAGUUCUUACAAUAACAUUUCUAAUGCAAAUAUAUCACAUAUACCUAACAAUGACAUUAAAAAAAUAUCCGUAACAAAUGCAAAUAAUUUAAAGAAUAUCAACAAUCUAGUUCCACAUUUAACUACCAUGGAUGGGUCAAACCAAACUACUACUAAUUUUAUUACUCAUAAUAAUCUUAGUGAUAAUAAUAUCGAAAAUAGUGUCAAUAAUAAUAUAAUUUCUGAAAAGCACAAUGAUAACAAUACUGUUAACACUAUUAAUAACUCAAAUCGAACAGAUAACUACAUAAGUAAUAAUAAUCAAACUCAAUUCACCAAUCUUAUGAAUAAUAUUCUGAACCAAAACAAUAAUAAUAACUUUAAUAAUAUAAAUAAUGAUAAUAUGCUAUUAUAUAUUAACAAUAUUCUACCAAACCUCUCAAAUAUAGUAGAUAAAAAUACAAUACCACCAAAUAUAAAUAAUUUACAAGCCAUUAAUAGAAAUAAUCCAUUAUAUAAAAAUAAAAACCCCAAUACCAAUUUAAAUGCUAUAUCAGGCAUUAAUAAUAUUAACAAUCUUAAUAGUGCAUAUAAUAUAAACCUAUUAGACAAUAAUACCUCUGCUAAUAUAUUGUCAGCAAAAUCAAACAGAGUUUAUCAAAAUAAAGGUUUUAUUAAUACAAACGAACCAAGCCAUAUUAAUAGGGACAUCAAUCUAGUAACAAAUAAUAUGACACAAAAUAAAAACUUGAGUUCUACAAAUCUUCUAAAUAAUACUAAUCAAAUUAGAAUGGAUAUAAAUAUACCUAGUGGUGGAAAUAACUUUCAAAAUAUUCCUAUAAAUUCAAAUAUCAUACGAAAAGAUAAUAAUAAAAAUGAAAAUAAUUAUACAAGUGGUAUUCCUCAUUCUAAUAAUAAAGAUAAUGUUGAACAAAUAAAUGGAUGUAUAGAAGUAUUUUAUAAUCAAGUUCAAUUAAAAUUACCUUCGAAUUUAAAUUCAAAAAAUAUUAUUGGAUUUGGCUUAGGUCAAAUAGAAUGCUUAAUGGAUAAUACACAUAUAUCAAAAAGUAUCAUUAUACCUUCUUCUGUGAUUGUAGGAGAAAUAUUUAGUAUAUUCAAUACUCUAUGUUUACUUAACAUCGAUGAAAAAAUAAAAAUAUUAAAAGAUGUUAUGCAACCCGAAUAUUAUAGUUGGCUAGCUUUUUAUAUUGUAAAAUCGAGAGUUUCAAAAGAAGUCAACUUACAUAAUGUCUUUUUAGAAUUCAUUGAUAAACUAAGCUAUCCUAUGCUUAUAGAAACUAUUAUUAAUAUGACUUAUGACUAUAUACUCAUUUUAUUUAAAUAUAUAAAUGAAUUAAAAGAAGUUAGUGCAUUCAGAACGGUACUCAAAAACUUAGGUUCGUGGUUAGGAUUUAUAACAUUAGGUAGAAAUAAACCAUUAAAAUCAAAAAUAUUAGAUUUAAAAUUAGUUUUAUUUGAAGCUUAUGAUAAAGAUUGUUUAGUAUGUAUAUUACCAAUGGUAUGCAAAAUAUUAGAAUCUAUUAAAUUAUCCAAAAGUUUUAAACCGCCAAAUCCAUGGACUACAACUAUGUUAUGCUUAUUAACAGAAAUACAUGAAUUACCAAAUGCUAAAACAUAUAUUAUAUUUGAAGUUGAAGUUUUAUUUAAAAAUCUAUCAUUAAAUAUACAAGAUUAUCAAAAUAAAACUGUUCUAUUAAGUAGAAGACCCCCACAACAUAAUCAAAAAAAUGAUUUCAAUAUAGUCGAUUCAAAUAAUACAAAUUCACCUCUUUUAUCAACAAAUAUAGAUAUCAAAUUACAUUCUUUAAAACCAAAUAUCCCAAAUUUUAUUUCAACUAAUGAUAAUAAUACAAACAGUAUCAACAAUGUGAAUAAUAAUUACUACAAUAUCACAAAUUGGAAUAAUGCCAAUUCUGGUAUUGAACCUAAUAAUAUUUCCGAAAAUGCACUAUUAGAAGAAUUUGAAAAUCUUACUAAAAAAAAUAAUCAAAAUAAUAGAAUCAUAAACCAAGACAAACCUGAUUAUAUAAAUAAAAACAAUAACCAACAAUUACUAAAUUUAAAAAAUAUAAUAUCUCAUUGGAAUGAAUAUAAUGCAAAUAAAAAUAAUCCUUUACAAAAUGAUCAAAUUUUAGUUUCUUCAUUUCCUCCUCCAGAUAUUAAAUCAAAUAAUUCCACCACUUUCAAUAAGGUAUUUGAUAGUAUUUCUAAAGCAUAUAAUUCAAUAAACGAGCAAACACUAAAUAAAAUUGAUCCCAAUAUUAUUAAUAACUAUAGUAUUCCAAAUUCAUCUAUAAAUGCAAAUAUAUCGGCUACCUCUAAUGAUCAUAAUAAAAUGAAUAAUAGUAAAUUUUUUCAAAAUCUAUGCAAUGCUACAAUUAUAUCUCCAUCUAUAGCUUUGUUUCAAAUACAACCAAAUUUAAAAAAAGUUGUUCCCAUAGCAGUUGAUCGAUCAAUUAAAGAAAUCAUAUCUGCAGUUUUAGAAAGAUCUGUAACUAUAUCAUGUAUUACUACUCGAGAAAUUAUAUCUAAAGAUUUUUGUUUAGAAAAAGAUCAAAAUAUAAUUCGAAAAGCAUCACAUAUCAUGACAGCAUCAUUAGCUGCAUCACUUGCAUUAGCCACAUGCAAAGAACCAUUAAGAAUAUCAUUAACUCAAAAUUUACGAGAAUUAUUACAACCCACAAGUACAAAAGAUUGUAAUGAUCAGGUUUUGAUAGAACAAGUUGUACAGGUACUUAGUGCAGAUAAUUUAGAAUUAGGUUGCAAUUUAAUUGAACAAGCAGUUAUUGAAAAAGCAAUAACAGAUAUUAACGAAGCUUUAGCUCCAACUCUUUUAGCAAAACAUAUAACAAAUGAAAAUAAUAAAAAAUUAAAUGAUUCUGUUAACAUUAUGAACAGUAAAAAAAUGCAAAUCGAAUUUGCAGAAAUUUUAAACUUAGGAGUUCCCAUAACAAAUAAUCAAUUACAAAUUUAUAAAGAUUUUCUAAAUAUGAACCCUUUAAAAAAAUUAUAUUCUUCUCCUAAACCAUUAACAUUAAUUUAUAAAAAUGCAGAUGAAACAAAUUCCAUAAAUACACAACAAAAUGAUCAACAAUCAUCUAUUAUUACUAACGAAAAUACAAAAAACGAUAUAAUCCCUAAUUUAGGAACAAACAUAAAUAUAGAUUACAAUAAUAUAAACAAUAAUUUAGAAUUAAACCCAAAUGAAAGUAAUAUAAAAAUUCCACAACAAAAUAAACCUCUUAAUACAUCAGCGAUAUCAUCUAAUCUUAAUUUAAACAAAGUUUUAAAAAAAUUAGAACUCGCAACUAAUCAAUUAAAAGAAACAAUUAAAGAUAUACUCAUGUUACCACCGAUAUUAUUUAAUAUUAAUAAAAAAAAAAUUAUUGGUAAUAUUAAUAAAAUUAGUUUAUAUAUUUUAUAUAGUCUAUCGGUUGAUGAUAAUCUAUUUAAUUUAAUCAAGUCUAUACCCGAAAUAGCUUCAUUAACACAUCAUAAAAAUGAAACUAUUAUUUCAUAUACAAAUAGAAUAUGUAAAUUCCUUUUUGAAAUUGCAUUACACAAUUAUAAUAAGUCUCAGCAAGAAUCAAAAUUAAAUGAUAUGACUGGAAUAUAUAUGGAAGUGUUUUUGUGUAUAUUAGAAAAAUUAAAAAUUAAAUGCCCUAUUGCAAAAGAACAUAUAUCAACUUGUGUAAUAAAAACUACAAUGAGUCUACUAAAUGCUCCAAUUAAUAACACAAUCACAUCAAACAAUAAUAAUAAUAAUAAAACUGAGGAAGACAAUGUUAAUAAUAUUAAAGAUUCUGAAAAAAAUAAUUCUCUGAACUCAAUGAUUUCAGAAAUUUCUGAAAAUACGCCCAAUCAAAAAGCGAAUGAAUUAAACAUAGAUAAUAAUAAAACUAGCAACAACUAUGAACAGUUUUAUAAAUCCAAUGCGAAUAUUAUAGCUGGAUUAAUUAGAUAUAACCUAAUUGACAUCGACCAAUAUAAAAUAUUUUUAGAAAAUCAACUAGCCAAUAAAAUUAAUAACAAUAAUGCAAUAAAAUUUAUUAUUUUUUUGCUAAAAAAUAUUUUAAUUGACUUUCACAUAUAUAGAUAUAACUAUUUUAAAAAUAUUUUUGAUCAUCUUAAUAAUAUAAUAAUAACUAACUCUAAAGAAAAUAUUAUUAAUGAACCCUCAAAAAUUAACAAAGACAUUAAAAUAAAUAAUAUCAUUGAUGUAAAUGCAAACAUAUUUUAUAAUAACAAUGAUAACCCAAUUGAUAUAAUCUCAGCGAUUAAUGAGUUGACUAAAGAGGCUAAGCAUAUUCAAGAAAAAACAAAUUCUGUAAUUUUUUCGGAUUAUUUUGAGCUAUGUGAUGAAUUUUCUAAAACAGACGAUGAAACUGAAAAAGAAGAUCCAGAACCAGCUGACAGUCCAAAUGAUGAUGCUAAUAAAACUUUUAUCAAAUUAAAAGUUGAAAAAGUUGAAACUAAUUCAAAUAACCCUGAUAUAGAAUCCCAAUUAAAUCCCGAAGUUUCCCCUAAACAUGGAGAAACAAAAUUAGAAAAUAAAAAUAAAAAAAGCAAAAAAAAUAAGGAAGAACAGAAGGACGAUAGUACAACUAUUGCAAAAACCGAAUUAAAUGAAAUAUCCUUACCUCUCUCAAAAUCUAAAGACAUUCCAAAUAAAAAUUCAGACCUAAUAAACAAAAAAAACACUGAAAAUAUAACUGAAAAAAUUAUAACUGAUGAAAAUGGUAUUAAUAAAAUUGAAAAAAAUAAAGAACAUAUCAAUGAUAAAAAUGGGGAUAUAAAAAAAAAUGAAAAAAAAAAUUAUAAAAAAUAUCUACAAAUUUUAAUGAACCCACAAAACUUAACAACACUAACACAAAUUAUCGAUUUCUGUCUAAACAAAGAUUGGAAUAUAAUACAAACAAAAAAAUAUAAUGAUGGAAUUAGAGAUAAAGGUGUUGGUGGAGUUAGAAUUGUUCCAAAGCCACAAAAAGUACCAAAACAACAACAACAUAUUAUUAGUUCUAUUUUUAUGGAAUGGGUUAAAUUAAGUAACAUCAAAAAUAUUGAUAAUCCAAAUCAAAUUUAUGUCAAAUUUUUUCAAAAAAUAUCAAGCCAAGGUUUAUUGCAAAUAAAUAAUUCAGAUAAUUUUUUUACGACAUGUAUUUAUAAGGCUAUAGAAAAAGCAGAAUUAUUUCUUGAUCCAUAUUCUGAAGAUUUUGAAAGUUUUCAAAAUGGAGAAUCAAAAGAAUUAUUUACACAUGUUUCUACAAAUUUAACUAAUUCAAAUUAUCUGAAAGCGAAUGAUAAUAAUGAUACAAAAGGAAUAGAAUCCGAAACUGAAUUACCUUCCGAUCUUUUAUCUAAACAAGGUGCUCAAAAUGAAAAUUUAAAACGAGAAUACAAUGAAAACGACUCAAAUGUCGAUAAAAAAAAUCAAAAAAAAACAAACCUUAUUGAAGAAGAGACAGAAAAUCCUAGCCAUUCUAAGGAAAAAGAUAAAAAAAAAAAAAAAAAAAAAAAUGAAUAUACAGAUGCAAAAUCUAAACCAACCGAAGAAACUGAAAUUGACAAAAAUAAAGAUCAAUAUAACGAAAAACAAAACAAUGAAACUAACAAAUAUUGCGAAGAUUCAGAAGACAAUCUUACCGAUGCUGUAUCUACUAAUUUAACUUUUAAUUCUAACAUCUCAAAUUAUGAAUAUUCAUUUUCUGAUGAUGAUAAUUCUCAUUAUUUUGUAAACAAUAGUGAUAGAAAUAGUAGUAAUGCAAAUAAAAUGAAAAAUAAAAAAAAAGAUACUCUUAAUUUCGUAUACUCAUCUAUAAACAAAUCAAUGACUAAUGAUUCGACUUUAAAUUCGGAUAAAGAUCUUGAAAAAAGUAAAUUAUAUUCGGAGGUACUUAAAGAAAGUUGUGUUAUUACUGAUCCAAAUAAAGAUAAAGCCGAUGGAAACAAUACGACGAAAAUAACAAAAAAUGAAACAAAUAACACUAAUUUAGAAAAAGAAAAGAAACGAAAAUCAGAAUCAAAUAACCAAAAUAAUCUAAAUGCCAAAAUAGAAACACAAAUUGACGAUGAUACAAAAAAAGAUUUAGAAAAACGUACACAAAUUACAAACAUAUUAGAUACAUCAUCUAUUGAUGCACUAGCCAAAAUGAUAGUGUCAAUGAUGAAACUAGUAGACUCACAAAAAAUUACACCAUAUUUAUUAUUACAAAAAGUAAUGAAUAUAUUUUGCAGAAUACUAGUAUAUGAAUGUCGAAAAAAAAAAAACAAAUUUAAUCAAAGAUCGUAUUUUCGAUUAUUUUUAUCGAUUUUAAUUGAAAUAAGUAAAAAUGAAAAAAAGCUUGAAUCAUAUAAUAAAUGUAUAUUAGCAUUAGGGUAUUAUUUGCGUAUAUUAAAUCCGUUAAGAGUCCCAAUGUUUGUUUUUGCUUGGGUCGAAUUAAUAAGCCAUAAAUUAUUUUUACCAAAAAUAUUACAAACAUCAAAAGGUUGGUAUAUAUAUAAUAAAUUAAUAAUAUAUCUAUUUGAAUUUUUAUAUGGAUUUCUAAAAAAUUCAUAUUUAACACAACCAAUUAAGUUAUUAUAUAGAGCAACACUAAGAAUAUUAUUAUUAUUACUUCAUGAUUUUCCAGAAUUUUUGUGUGUAUAUAGUUUUUCAUUUUGUAACUCAAUACCUUUAAAUUGUAUGCAAUUAAGAAAUAUUAUUUUAUCUGCUUUGCCAAGAAAUACAAAAUUGCCAAAUCCGUUUAAUCCAAAUUUAAAAAUUAAUUUAUUACCUGAAAUUAAAACUGCACCAGUAAUAUUAAACAAUUUCACAUUUAUACUCAUUGAUUAUAAAAUUAAAAAAAAUGUUGAUGAAUAUUUUAUAACUAAAAAUUUGAACCAUUUAAAAAAAAUACACAAAAAAAUUCUUAUCAAAAAUAAAGUUAAAUCAUUUUAUUUAAAAUCGAAAUAUAAUAUACCUCUUCUAAAUGCUUUAGUUUUAUAUAUUGGUAUGUCAUUAUCACCAGAAAUAUUAUUUUUUCAAAAAAAUCCUGAACUGCAUCAGCAUCCAGCUUUAGAAAUUAUCUUAUAUUUAAUUUACAAAUUAGAUAUGGAAGGAAAAUAUUAUUUGUUAGCAUCAAUUACUAACCAUUUAAGAUACCCCAACUCACAUACUCAUUUUUUUUCUUCUCUAUUAUUAUGGAUAUUUAAUAUAUCAAAAACAGAAACUAUCAAAGAACAAGUUACAGGAAUAUUGUUAGAACGCCUUAUAGUUAAUAAACCACAUCCUUGGGGAUUAUUAGUAACAUUUAUGCAACUUAUAAAAAACCCAAUCUUUAAUUUUUGGAAUUGCUCAUUUGUUCGUGUUUCACCAGAAAUAGAAACUCUUUUUAACACAAUAGCCAACUCAUGUAUGCCAAAUAAAACACAAAAUCACACUACUACUCACAACUCCAAUAAUAAUGAAAGUAAUGGAAGUAAUACUAACAAUAUCAACAAAGCCAACAACAUGACUAACAAACCAAAUGAUUCCAACACAUCUGCAUAUCAAUAUAAUCUUAAGCAUGAACAUUUUCCUAACAGCGAAUUUAAUAAAUAUCUCUCAAAUAUUUCUAAUUCCAUACAAAAUAAUAAACAACCAAUUUUAGAUGAAAAUAAAGACAAAAUAAAAGAAUUCUGUAAUAAUAUAAAUAUAAAUCAGUUAAUGCAAAAUUCUAACGAGAAAAUUAAUAUUAAUAAUACUGAUUUAAUUAGGAAAAUUCUAAAUUCAGAGAAUGCUAAUUUUAAAAAUCAUAUUACAACUAAUGGGGCUGCUACUAUUCCUCACAUUAAUUCCAUUCAUCAAUAUGAUAUCAAUUCACAUACAAAUGACAUAACGAAUAAUAUCAACCCUAAACAAAAUAUUAUUAAUAAUAUACACACAUAUAAUAUAAAUUCUAGUAAUAAUAACAACCUUUCUAAUAUGCCAUUUUAUAGAGAUAUUACAAAUUUGAGUGGAACCAAAACAAAUAACAAUUCACACAAUAAUAUUGAACUAUCACAGGAAAAUCAACUCAUUAAUAAUUCCUACUAUUUUCAUGACAAAAAUAUUAUGUUAGAUUCACAUUUACAAAAUAAUUUGAAUCAGAUUAAAAGAAAUACGCGAUUAAAUACUUCACAAAUACAUGAAAAUAAUGAAAACGAUUCAAAUAAUAUUCAAAAACAUUUUAAUUUCGAAGCAAAUAAUAAAUUAACAGAUCAAAAUAACAGAGAUUUCCUCAAUUCAAAUCACUUUUAUGACUCAAAACCUGAUUACUAUAACUAA